AUGUCUUCCAAUCUACAUUGGACAUCGACAUCGUUACUUGCCAUUCCGGCCAGGUCGUCGACAUCAAUCAAGGCAAGCACGCCACCAGCCAACAACCUUCACUCUCUCCUUUUCCUUUUCUCUGUAACCCUAAUUUGCCUCCACCACCUAGAUGACAGGUCCGACACGGUGGCAGCAUUUGUCUCGCUUGCGAGAGACAACGAUUGGUAUGGGAAGUUGAUAAUUGAAGAAGAUGGAGACAAUCUGUUGCUGAAAUUGGUGAAAGAAGGGAAACCAGAAGGUCAGGAGAAUGUUGCGUCUGCAAUCGGAUUGCUACGUCAUCAUCCUGAGAGCGUUGAACACAUGAUUCACGUUCUAAUAAUCUUUUUCCCCAUUUUAUGUCCCUUCACUAACUGCUAUCCAUCAGCUUUUAAGCAAUGGGACAUUCCCACAACAACCACAGCAAGGUGGUGGCAUGUAUCCAGCACUACCAGUGGUUGCCGCCUCUAA